AUGGAGGUGGCCGUCAGUGCAGCACAGUGGGUGGUGACCAAGGCGCUGAGCCCUGUCAAGGACGACUUCCUGAAGGCGUGGGCGGCUAGCACCGGGCUCGGCCCCAACGUCAACGCCCUCAAGAUGCAGCUGCUCUAUGCUCAGGGGAUGCUCAACAACGCACAGGGGCGGGAGAGGGACUUGUCCAACCCCACGCUCAAGGAGCUGUUGCACAAGCUACGACAGUUGGCGUACGUUGCAGACGACGCGCUCGAUGAGCUGGACUACUUUUGCAUCCAGGACAAGCUGGAUGGCACCUGCGAUGCAGCAACCAAUGUGGAUGACCAGGGCUGCCUCCAGGGCCUUGUACAUAACGCUCGCCACACGGCUAGAGCUGUUGCCGGGAAGAUCAAUUCCAUCUCCUCCAGCUCGUGCCCUGAUGACCAAGAAGAUGGUGGCAUCGGCUCAUGUGGCGGAGAUGGAUGCAUGAUGAUGCUUUCCAUGCUUCAAGCUAUUGGUAAGCACUUGCCAUGCUACUCUUCUCAUACUAAUGAGUUGGCCGAAUCGUCUGACAUGCCAGCUGCAAGUGAAUGGCGACUCCUCUGUGAUGCCUACCCGCCCAAGGAACCACACAGAAUUCAUACCACAGAGGAAACACCAAAAUUGAAGUUUGAUAGGGUGGAAAUCUCCAAAAGAAUGAUAAACAUCAUAGAGCAGCUGAAGCCUGUAUGUGAUAUGGUCUCCACCAUUCUUAAUCUAGAGCUAUUAAGCUUAAGCCGUAUCCCUGCCCAAGGCAUUGCUACGGAUCAUCGUGAAACCACCCCAAAAAUUAUAGAGCCUAAACUAUAUGGGAGGGAUACCCAGAAAAAGAAAAUUAUAGAUGGCCUCAUCCAUGGUGAAUAUUCUUUGAAACAGCUUACCGUCCUUCCAAUUGUUGGGCCAGGGGGUAUUGGGAAGACAACCUUAACACAACAUAUAUUAGAAGAACUGAAGAGCUGCUUCGAGGUUAGAAUAUGGAUAUGUGUCUCUCUCAACUUCACUGCAAAUUGGUUGGCUCAAAAGAUUUGGGAACACAUCCCUCCAAAAAUACGUGAACGUCAAAAUAGUAGCAAUGAAGAGCUAAUUGAACAAUGGUUAAGAUCAAAGAGGUUCUUACUUGUCUUGGAUGAUGUGUGGAAAUAUCAUGACAUUGAGUGGAAAAAACUAUUAGCUUUGUUAAACAAUGUGGGGACAAAUGGCAAUAUGGUUAUAGUCACAACUCGAAUUCCAGGGGUAGCAAACAUGGUUACGACAAUUGACCAUUAUAUAGAAAUGGAACGUCUAGAUCCUCAAGAUAUUAUGUCUUUCUUUGAAGAAUGUGUAUUUGGUGACCAACAACAACCAUGGGAACAUCAUCCUGAAUUAUAUGAUGUUGGGUGCAAAAUAGUGGAAAAAUUGAAGGGUUUCCCUCUUGCUGCAAAAACUGUGGAGUGGGAGUUACAAGCCAACGAUUAUGACAUUAUGCCAGCUCUCAAGCUUAGCUAUGAUUAUCUCCCUUUCCAUCUGCAACAAUGUCUUUCCUGCUGUGCACUGUUUCCUGAAGAUUAUGAAUUUCAUACAGAAGAGUUGGUUUGUUUGUGGAUUGGACUAGGUAUUUUACACUCAGAUGAUAAAAAGAAAACAAUUGAAGAUGUUGGGUCGUGUUACUUAACUGACUUGAUUAAUCAGGGGUUUUUCAAAAAGAAUGUAUCAAGAUUGGGCUGUCAUUAUUACACCAUCCAUGACCUACUGCGUGAAUUGGUUGUGAAGGUCUCAUCAUAUGAGUGUCUCAGCAUAUGUAGCUCUAAUGUGAUGUCCAUACAAAUCCCCCGGUCUGUACGUCAUUUGUCUAUCAUUGUAGAUGACGCAGACAUCGAGGACGCAAUGACUUUUGAAAACUACAAGAGGGAUUUGUGUGAAAUGGAAAAAAGUUUAGAAGUUCAAAACCUACACACUUUGAUGUUAUUUGGAAAAUACCAUGGAAAUUUUUCUUGUGUUUUUCGUGGUUUGUUUUGGGAAGCUAGAGCCCUUCGAACUGUCUUUUUAUCUGGAGUGUCAUAUGAUGUGGAGGAUGUGUUGCCCAACUUUUCAAAUCUUAUCCACCUUCGCUACUUAAGGAUCAAGUCAGUGUAUGUUAAUUUAUUCCGCUGCCAGUUAGGGCAUGGUGACAAGAGCGUGUGCAUACCUAGUGUGUUGUGUAGAUUAUAUCAUUUGGAAGUCAUUGAUCUUCAAGGAUGGGAGGGUGACUUCGCAACGAGACAUACCAGCAACUUGGUAAAAUUGCGUCAUUUUGUUGUGCCCCGAAAAGAACUUCACUCUGACAUAUUUGCGGUGGGAAAACUAAAAUUCAUCAACGAGUUAAGGGCAUUUAGAGUGGGACAAGAAAGUAAGGGUUUUGAACUGAGUCAACUAGGGAAACUGAAACAUAUUGGAGGAUCACAUGGCAUUUACAAUCUUGAAAAGGUUCAAUCAGAAGGAGAAGCAACUGAAUCAAAACUGAUACAGAAAAGCCGCAUACAAGAGUUAAUAUUAGAAUGGGAUGUUCACAGACCUAACAGAAAUCCUGCAUUUGAAGAAAGUGUCCUUGAAAAUCUAAUACCACAUAGCAAUCUUCGAUACCUAUGCAUUAGAGGGCAUGGAGGCACUAAUUGUCCACGAUGGCUUGGUGCAAACCUCUCCGUCAAGAAUCUGGAAUCUCUUUCUUUGGAUGAUUUGUCUUGGGGAAACCUUCCACCUUUAGGAGAGAUGUGGAUGGUUAAUGAUGUUGGUGAAGAGUACCAGGGCUGUAUCUUAGGCCAAAGAUUUCAGUUUUUGCACAGGCUAAAAUUGGUUAAGAUACCAAGAUUGAGAAAAUGGGUUGGGGACAAUACUUCUUAUUUGUUCUCUCACCUGGAAGAACUCACCAUUGUAGGUUGCUCUGAACUCACUGAGGUUCGAUUUUCACAUGUUAGUUGUGGUCUGCCACAGCAAGAGAAGAGCAUGGCUUGGUUUCCUAGACUAAAGUCUCUCAAGAUAGAAGACUGCCCUAAGCUAUUAUCAUUGCCUCCAAUCCCUUGGACUUCUGGUCCAUGCUCCAUUGAGUUUAAUCGGUUGGGCUCUGGUCUUGAGAGGUUAGUUUACGAAGAAGAGUUUAUUUACGCACCAGACAUUACAAGUUUUUCAUUGGAAGCGUGGGGAAAGAAUGGCCAGGAUAGUGUGUCCUUGAAUGAGUGGUUGGUUUUCUCUAAUCUAACUUACGUGAGAAGAUUGGUGAUGGAAAAUUGCUCCCCUCUGCCGCUCGAUUGCCUCCUAAUGCUAACAUCUCUGCAGUUCCUCCAGCUGAUAGGUGGCUCAAGUAAUAUAAUAUACCCGGUUGAAAGUGUGAUCCACGAAUUGACACAAUUGUUCCUUCUGAUGCCGGAGCUCACCCAAAUUACAAUAGAGGAAUGUCAGGGGAUAAAAUGGCUCGGUGUGGCGGGGCCAUCAUCAGCAUCAUCUUCUUCUACAGAACAAUUGCAUCAUGGGCAAAUCGGACAGCAGCAGCAAGAGGGAAAAGGAGGAGGAGACGGAGUGCUGCUCUUGCCUCCCCAGCUUCAGGAGUUGCGGAUCAGAGAGUGCCCAGAGCUGAGCUUGCUCUCCAAUUCAAUGGAAGGUGACAAGGAAGGAGGUGGGCUCCUAGGUCUCUCCUCCCUUAAAUUGUUGAGCACGAGCAAAACCCCCAGAUUCUUUGUCGGUUCUGAGCCUCAUGACAAGGAGCUUCUUCCCCGCUCCUCUACACAUCAGGAGCUUAAGGUGAUCACAGAUGAUGUUGCAGGACUCCUUACUGCACAUAUCUGCAGCAUCCUCUCUUUCUCCCUCACCACCCUAAUUAUUGGUUGGAACCAAGAUGCCGAGCGCUUCACACACGAGCAAGAGAAGGCCCUUCAGCUCCUCACCUCCCUCCAGACGCUUAUGUUCUGUGAUUUCGAGAAGCUGCAGUGCCUCCCAGCAGGUCUGCAUAGACUUGCCAGCCUCAAGACAUUACAAAUAGUGACCUGUCAAGUCAUCCUGUCGUUGCCAGAGGAUGGCCUUCCGAGUUCUCUGCAAAAGUUGGAUAUCUGGCGAUGUCCUUCCAUCUAGUCGCAAACCAAGGGCUGCCUCCCAAGUUCGCUGCACGUAUUACAAAUCUGGUACUGCCCUGCCCUGAUGUCUCUGCCCAAAAACGGCCUCCCAAGCUCUCUGCAAAAUUUGGAAAUCAGGGACUGCCCCGCCUUAAAGUCGCUGCCGGAGGAUGGCCUCCCAAGAUCACUGCAAGUACUAGAUGUCAGUGAGUGUAACAAUGAGGAGCUAAAAAGGCAG